ACAGACUCGUAAUUUCAUGUGGUUCCCACUUCGUUCUCCGCUCCCCCACGCUCCCUCAGCCUCCCUCUCUCCCUUCAAUCUCACGUCUCCCUGUAACUUUUCACCGGCCAAAAGCUUUCAAAUCCCUCACGAGCUCCACAGCAACUCUUAAUUCUUCACAGAUCAUCAGUCCGUUCUUCCCUUGACCUCUUUCUUCUGAGAAAUCCCACACAAAUCGCCUCCGAGAUUCACUUCUUUAUCCUCAUAAACCACCGAAAUCUUGCCGAAUUCGGAAAGAAACCCCGCAAAUUUCAGCGCGGGACUUGGAUCUGUAAUCGACGAUGUCGUCCUUCGAGGAGGAGGAGGCAUUCGAGCACACGCUGUUGGUGGUGAGGGAGGUGUCGGUGUACAAGAUCCCGCCCCGGAGCACGAGCGGCGGGUACAAGUGCGGUGAGUGGCUCCAGUCCGACAGGAUCUGGUCGGGCCGCCUCCGGGUGGUGUCUUGCCGGGAGCGCUGCGAGAUCCGACUUGAGGAUCCCAACUCCGGCGAGCUCUUUGCCGCCUGCUUCGUCCACCCCGGCCAGCGGGAGAGCUCGGUCGAGACCGUGCUCGACUCCUCCCGCUACUUCGUGCUCAAGAUCGAGGAUGGGCAGGGCAAGCACGCGUUCAUCGGCCUCGGUUUCAAUGAGCGCAACGAGGCAUUCGAUUUCAAUGUGGCGCUGUCUGACCACGAGAAGUAUGUUAGGAGGGAGCAUGAGAGGGAGACGGGCGAGGAGAGCGAGGAAAGCCACAUUGAUAUCCAUCCUGCAGUGAAUCAUCGGCUAAAGGAAGGAGAAACCAUCCGUAUAAAUGUGAAGAACAAGCCAUCUAGUGGAAGUGGCAUGCUUUCAGCUGCUGGCCUAUUGGGAGGGGCUUCUGGCAAACAAAAGGCAAGCACACUUCUUGCACCACCGCCUGGUGCAGCUGGAAAGAUCAGGUCUCCUCUUCCACCCCCACCUAAUGACCCUGCAGUUGCCAGGAUGACAGGUGGCAGUGCUGGACUUACGGCUCCCAAAGAUUCAGCAAGGCAUCCUGCUGAUCCUUUUGCAGAUCUUUCCGCAAUUGAGAGAAGCCUACCCUCAAGUGGGUCUGGAUCAGCAAAGAGCACUGCAUCUGGUUGGGCAGCAUUUUGAGUUCGCAGGAGUAUUCAUUACACACAGUCUUCCAUCAACUGAGAGAGAAGACAUGUUGCGAGGGAACAGAGUGCAAGUGCUUCUUCUUCCUUUGUUUUUUUUUUUGUCGGGGAAAAGAAACAGAUGGUAUAUGGGUGGAAUUGCAUUCCUCAAUAUACUCAAAUAAUUUUUAUAAAAUAUGUUACUUUUUUGAAGUGACAGGAAUUGGAAACUAAAGAUAUAUGAUGUAAAUAAUUUUCCUGACCAUGAAAACAUGUCUUGUUUAUGUCCAUGUGAACAGUGACUUACCUCGGUAAGACAUUACUUUGUCGAAGUCAGUUUAUACUGGUUUGGAUUUGCCAGAACUGAUUUUCCACCAUUAUUAUAAUUGAAAAACCUCAUUAGAUCAUG